ACGAUUCCCUAUCAUGAGUAAAACGUUUUAUCAGAUAAAGUCAUGCUAUCGGUCUCGCGAGAUAAGAGAACGGUGACAGACGAUGACACAUGACGUUCAUACUUUCGGAAGUGUACGUGUCGCACUAGCUAUUUUUUUCCUCUCCCCAUCUCGCGUGUGAUUCUCAUCUCUAUCCCAUUUCGAAUAGAAGAUAACUAAAUAAACAAAAGAGCAACUUGGACCGUGGACCACCUGCGAACCGGUAAAGAAAAAGCGCGAAGUAAUUUCUCUUCAUCUCUUCGUGCGAUAGCAUAGAAGCGGGGUCAUGGACACGCUUUAUCCGAACCUCUGCGAGCGCUUCAAGACCGAGGGUCUCUGUCCCAUCUGCCUCAUGGAGAUGGAACUCACGCCUCGGUACUCUUGUGUCAACCAGCACACCGUCUGCCAUCGCUGCAAGCCCUACUACUACGGCUGUCCCACGUGCAAGGCGCCGUUAGAUGUGGAAAUUCUGCCGCUACAGACAGACGUACCGCCCUCGACACAUCACAUGCCGCAUCCCAUGCCACCACAAUCGUACGACAAUCAUGGUCCCAGCGCGCCGUCGAUGAAUGACUUCCUGGACCACGAGAGAGGGUUUUGGGAGCCGUCCGUACCGUCGGAAGAUCAACAACUCGAAUCGUGCUCGUACUCUCAUCUAGGAUGCUGGGUGAAGAUACCGGAACAUUUGCGCGUGCUGCAUGAGUCCAGGUGUCAGUUUCGACCGCAUUUGGAGGAGCAGCACAUGUCUACCGAUCUUCACCACGAUGAUUUGGUAGAGUGCUCGUAUGCUGUAGCGGGUUGCAGGGUACAAACGGUCCCAUGGCGACGCAGUAUUCACGAGAAGUUUUGUAACUAUAGAGAUAGGUUUGAAGCCGUAAACGUCAUUAGCGACGGUCUUGCGUCCGCAACGAUCGCUAAUAACGAUUACGACGGCGAUCCCGACGAAUUGGUGCAGUGCAAGUUCGAGCGAUACGGCUGCAUGGUGAGAAUGCCGAGGAGACGGAAAUACAUGCAUGAGCAGAAAUGCAACUACAAGAACCAUCAAGGAGACGUAUACGAUGGGUUCUUCAUUUAUCCUGCGCAGCCGGAAUUAGAUCCUGAGGAGCAAGUGGAAUGCCGAUGGUCCGUACACGGUUGUCGGGUCAGACCGAAACGCUAUCGUACGCAAAUCCACGAGGAUAAAUGUAAUUACAGGAUGGAAGAGUGCGCGUACAAGGAUUACGGAUGUAGCGCCAUGUUUACGCCGGCUGGAAAAUAUGCUCAUGAAAGAACUUGCGAAUAUGCCAAUUAGAUUAACGAUGUGUCUCAGAUAAAAUAUAAUUUUGUAGAAUAGAUGCAUAUUUACUGGAAGCGAUCGCAAAAAUAUUUUUUCCAUAUUUUAGUUUUAUUUUUAAGAGACAUCGUUCAAGAAGUAGUCGCAAAAAACGUUCUUAUUUUUCGUGACGAGAGAGAAUAGCACAUAAAUAUACAAAUUGCUUUCGAAAGAAUCGAUUCGUUUGUAAUCGUUACGUCAUAUGGGGUAUCAAUAAAAAAAAUUUAUUUUCUUUAUGUUGAACAAACGAAUAAUUAGAAUGUCAGUUGAAUAAAUCAAACGAAUGCAUGACAAUUUUAUUAACAAACUGCAGGCGAGCACAAAAUUCGUACGGAGGUAACGAUAAUUAACAACAGUAAAGCAAGUUUAUCGUCAACCGCUAAAACGAGAGUCUAUUUUACAGAACCCAUUAACAACGAUUUCUCUAAGAACCCGUGGGAUAAUAUACGGAAGAGGAUUAUUUACUCUAUCUAUCUCUCUUUCUCUCUUCGUCCCGUUGCAAGAUAGCGAGACUUACGCUGUCGGUCGGGAGAUCAUCUUGAGCAUGAUCGUUCGGAAUGAGGGGGUGAUGGCAUGGCUGGGAUAUCCAACACCUGCAGGCUAAUGGUGAGUCUCCCUGUGCGCCCACGAUCACACGCCCCCACCCUCUCAUCGUCGCUCGAUGAAACGACACCUACACGUUUAUAGCGUCCAUUUAUAACGCCAGCGUGUGCAAAAGAUGGGAACGGUCUUCGCCUCGAUAUCCGACGCUUCCAAAUGUUAGUCUCGAAGUCAAUAAAACGCGUCAGAAUCAAGCAUUAUGCAGCCUUGAAUUUUAUUUUGUCUAUUAAUGAUUAAAAAAUAAAAAGCAAAUUAUACUAGAUUAUUAUAAAUAAUGUGCAAUAGCUCUUUGUUAUAUCACUAUUGCAACAUAACUGGCAAUAUAAAGUAAUAUUUAUUUAAUGUAGUAUAUAUAAGCAAAUAUUUAAAAAAAUCAGCGAAGUUCAAUACUUGUGAAUAAAGGGCGCGAAUGAAGA